AUGGUAUCCAAAGAAGUUGAAGAGGUGGAAGAAUUAGAGGAAGAGGAAGAAGAAGAAGAAGAAGAAGAAGAAGUGGAAAUUGAGGUCGAGGAUGAUGUAUUAUCGUUCUUGGAUAGCCUGUGAAAGUAGUUAUGCUAACAUGAUGGUAACAGGAAGAAGAAGGGGAUGAAGAUGAGGGUCAACCUGGAGAUGAAGUCGAGGAUGAUGAGGGGAAAGUUCAGGAUGAAUUUGAGAUAGAAGUGGAAGUAUGCGCAAAUAUAGAAUGUGUAGCGAGGACUGUACUGAUAGGUUCGUCUUGAUAGGAAGAUGAAGAUGAAGAUUCCCAGGUGGAAGAGGAGUUAAUAGAGGAGGACGAGGACGAGGACGAGGACGAGGAGGAAGAAGAGGAGGAGGAGGAGGAAGACGAAGUACGUUUUUAUCGAGAUUUUAGGUGAAAGUUUUACUAAUCCUUUUACUCCAAUAGACGGAGGUAUAAAUUUACGACAACGGUCACCGUUGUUCAUACACUAAUUUGUCCUUUUAAUAGGAAGCUAAUAUUGACGACAAAGUAGAAUUUGAAGAAGAUGCAGCGGAGAGUGAGGCACCAGAGGCAUGUACUUCUGGCAUCAACACCAUAAUUGCCAACUAACCCCCCAAUUAUUAACAGGACGAAGUAGAAGGAGACAGCGACGACGAUGACGAAGAUGACAAAUCAGCCAAAGAACAUUGUGCAACUUUUAAGAUGAAUGCUGAAAAGGCAGGAAAGACUGGAUGGGAUGAUGUUUAUGAGUCUGGGGAUGAUAUAGAUUCAGAUCCGGAGGAGGUAAGCUCCAAAUCAGAAUGUUCGUUUGAACCACCGCUAAUUUUAUUCCAGGACGAUGCUCAAGUCGGCGAUGACGACGAGGAAGAGAUUGAAGAGGAGGUGGAUGAGCAAGGCGACGAAGAGGUAUGUUUGAACAGGACACUUAAAUCUUGAGGUUUACGGCCAGACUGACAAUUUGUUUAGAAUGACGAAGUGGGUAGCGAGGAAUACGAGGUUGAAGAUGAGAUAGAUGGCGAUGCUGAAGCAGAAGCUGACGAGGAGAUUGAAACUGAAGAGAAGUGA